CCACACUUGCAUGCACCCGUACCACAUACAUGACAUAGCACAUGUAGGUCCUAGCGCAUUGUCAUCGUUAUUGCAUACCGAUCGAGUAUGUCAUGUUAUGAUCGUACGACUCGAGUACUACUAAAAGUACUAUAUACUGGAUAAAUACUAAUACCGUAAUACCACGGGAAGGAAGGCUCAUUGUAAGUUGUAACAGAUCGACAGAGCAUUUUUAAUAGUUUGAAGAGGCAGUGAAUGAAUUGAGGAUGGCCGGCAGGUUGAUUUGGUUGACGUGGAUGUCUUUUUGGACCCAUCUCAUAUUCCAACUGACGUGUCCAGCACUCUCUCAUCAAAUGCAAGCUGUGGAAUGCAAAAGAAAAUCCUUCCCUUUGGCGACUUCCUACGUCUGCGUGUGUAAUGCUACGUAUUGUGACACCGUCCAGGGAAUUAGCAACACCGAAUCCGGGAUGUUUGUGUCCGUUACCAGUGACAAAGAUCAGCACCGGUUCAGCAAGGAUCAGCAAGUCAUUGCAGUGCAUUCCAACAUCACAAACAAGAACAUGUUGAUAACUGUGAAUUCCUCUGAAGUCUAUCAAACCAUCUUGGGGUUUGGAGGAGCCUUCACAGACUCGGCGACGAUGAACAUCUUGAACGUAUCAAGCAAGGUUCAGGAUCACCUACUCAGGUCAUACUUCUCCAUUGAUGGAAUUGAGUACACAACUGGUCGCAUUCCUAUGGCUAGUACUGAUUUCUCACUUGGUGAAUACUCCUAUGACGAUGUGCCCAACGAUUUCGCUCUGCAGAACUUCUCCUUAGCAAAGGAAGACAUCAAAUACAAGAUCCCCAUCAUCCAACGAUCCCUAGCCAUGUCCAAGAAGCCGAUCCGACUAUUUGCUGCACCCUGGUCUGCACCAGCUUGGAUGAAGACAAACGGACAGAUGAGCGGUAAAGGACAGCUGAAAGGCCAAGCUGGCGACAAGUACCACAAAACAUGGGCUAACUACUUUAUCAAGUUUCUUGAUGAGUACAAGAAGAACAAUCUGACCAUGUGGGGCAUAUCGGUGGAGAACGAGCCGUCGGCCGGCGGCACCGACAACAAAUGGCAGGCCCAGUACUACACCGCAGAGAUGGAGGGAGAUUUCGUCAAGACGGACCUAGGACCCGCCCUAAACCAGGCCGGCUACGGAGACGUCAACUUGAUGAUACUUGAUGACCAACGACUCUUUCUUCCAGAUUAUGUUAAAGGGGUGUUAUCAGAUGCGGACGCAGCCAAAUACGUCUCAGGAAUAGCUGUCCACUGGUACUUUGAUUUCUUCUUCGACCUAGCGUCGCGUUUGACGGCAACCCACAACAUGUUUCCAAACAUGUUUCUGCUUGCCACUGAAGCCUGCAACGGGUACCUACCGGACUCCCCUGCGGUGGUGCUAGGCAGUUGGGAGAGAGGCGAGUCAUAUAGUCAUGACAUCAUUCAGGAUUUGAGCAACUGGGUGGCUGGUUGGACGGACUGGAACCUAGCACUGAACAUGGACGGAGGGCCCAACUGGGCUAAGAACAAUGUAGACAGCCCCAUCAUAGUGGACGCAAAGAACGAUGUCUUCUACAAACAGCCUAUGUUUUAUCACCUUGGUCAUUUUAGUAAGUUCAUUCUGCCAGGCUCUGUGCACAUUGGACUGACCACGUCUAAGGAUAAUGAACUUGAGAGUAUAGCCUUCAAACUCCCUGAUGGUAAAACACUUGCGGUAGUUGUUUUAAACAGGUUUGAUGAAGCUAAAUACCUAAGCAUCCAUGAUCCAUCCGCUGGUUACAUCAAUGCCAAAGUGCCUGCACGGUCCAUCCAGACGUACUUAUGGACAUCAGGACAGUCGCAACAGUAGUUGCUCACGGUUUCAUACGUGUAGUGUGGAACGUGGACAAUCUGUCACUGAGGGGAUUUUCAAAACUUUGGCUUUAGAAACAUUGAGAAGAAUUGAACCCAUGUGUUUAAUACUGUAGUAUCCCUAUUACCCUAAACAUUCCCAUAGACUUGUGCACAACAGUUUUCAAACUUUAAUGUCACACAAAUCCAACUUUAAUAAAGCAAAUACAGUAAACUCCAGCUAAGUCGGCACUCUCGGGACCCGAGAAUUUGUGACGACUUACGUGAAUGCCGACAUCUG